GUCUUUUCCUCCGCGCGCUUGCGGAGGUCGGCGGUUGUUUCGUGCUGUGCCGCUGAGAGUGGCGGUUCCUGGAUGCGGGCUUCCCAGGCCUGGGCUGCGGGUGGCGCGUACGCAGCUGAGGCCCUGACGGAGCCGGCGUCGGUGGUGCCCGCCGUCUGCCGACCUAGACCUACACGGAAAUUUGGUGAAAGCAAAGAACAAGUGAGAAGAACAAUUUUGAGACAGAUUGGAAGAAGAUAUCAGGAAUGGAUUCUCCAGACUACAUAACAGUAUCUGAUUCAGCUAUGGAAAUUGAAAAUCAAAAUGAUAGCUCUUCCUCUGAUAGCAGCUUAUUUAAAACUCAAUGUGUUCCUUCCUCACCUAAACGGAGGCAAAGAAAUCCCAUUAGGAAAUGUGUUCAUUCACUUGAAAGUGUUCAAGCAAGAGAUUCAUCCAGUGACUCAUCUAUAGAACCAAGACCAUUGACUUUAAAAGCUAUUUUUGAAAGAUUCAAGAAAAAGAAACCAAAGAAACGUAAAAAGAGGAAAUACAAGCCAACAGGAAGACCAAUGGGAAGACCAAAAGGAAGGAAAAACAGUAGGUCACAAAUAAGUAAGAAACAACUUAAAGUUAAAAGACCUCAGUUCCCAUUUAUAGAGUCAGAGAAUGGAAGAAAACCAAUACCUUGGAGGAAAAUUUUAACCUUUGAGCAAGCAGUGGCAAGAGGAUUUUUCAACUACCUUGAAAAACUGAAAUAUGAAUACCACCUCAAGGAAUCCUUAAAUCAGAUGAAUGUUGGUGAAGAUUUAGAAAAAGAAGACCUUGAUAGUCGUAGAUAUAAAUACUUGGAUGAUGAUGGAUCAAUCUCUCCUAUUGAAGAGUCAGCAGAAGAAGAUGAGGUUCCUACAAAUCUUGGACGUGAUGAUGAAUGUGAUAUCAAAUUGGUGGAGAAUAAUUAUUUCAUAAUAAGUUCUGAAUUACCAAAGAAGAUGAAUGUAUAUUUAGAGCAAGAAUACACUGAAGACGUUGCUUUGCCUAAAAAGAGAGUAUCAAAGUCCAAAAACAUUGGACAGAAGACAGAAUGACCUGAAAAGGAGAUACGAACGUGAAUGUCAAGGGUUUUAUCUUGAGAACACUAUCUGGAUUUAUGUAACUCUUUAGGUGAGUUUUUGGAUCGGAUUUGUUUAAAUGUAGCACAUUGUCAGGUAAUAUAAAUCUCCACAAGUUUCAUUAUUAAAAGACUUUGCCAAUUUUUAACUUCUGAUUAGGACACGAUUUCAGAAAAUGAAUCUUGGGAAUCACUGUUAUAUAGGGAUACUGUGCCAGCUUCACUUUACUUGCAGGAAAGGGUCCCAAAACUGGCAGUUGGGCUAUAGAGGUACAUUUAAUACUAUAUACUAGAAAUGACUAGGACACGACUUCGUAAGUUUAAUUGGCAUAAAGUUUUCAAAUGGUAAGAACAUAAAUAUAGCCACAUUAAAACUUUUCCUGUAUUUUUAUAUUUGAUAACAAGUAGCUAAGGGGAAGAUUAUUUUAUAUAGAUCUUCAUUUCUGAGGCAAAAAUUCUGUUAACUUUGCUGUGUAAUCUGGGAAUUUCAUAGGGGAAAGAUGGCAGUACCAAAAUUCACAAAAAUCAAUUUAUACAUGGAUAUUAGAGUAGCUACUUGCCAUUUUGUAUGUUUUUUUGGGCGGAGUCAGAAUGUACUUUCUCUGCAGCAUUGCUAGAAUCUUUUGUGAUUAAUUUUAUGGGAUAAUUUUAUUACAAAUUUGAAGAUGUUUGACUAUUUUUAUAAUUUUGAGUUUAAAUGAUUGGAGCAGAUCAGUUCUCAUUGUCUUCCUAUGGAGACUUAGGUUUGCUUAUGCCUUUUAAAAUGUGUAAAUGAUUGAGGUCUAUCCCGAUGGGUCUUUUUCUGUAGACUUACAUCGUUGGAAACGCCUCAUAGAAUAAAUAUGUUGUUUCCUUUAUUCACAGAACUGUGUGUUAGAUCUGUGGGAAGGAAUUACAAGACAGCUGCUAAAACUGUGACAGAAUUAAUAAUCUAAUUUUUUUAAA